AUGGUCAACUCCUGCUGUGGCUCUGUCUGCUCUGAGGAGGGCUGUGGCCAAGGCUGCUGCCAGCCCACCUGCUGCCAGCCCACCUGCUGCAGGCCCACCUGCUGCAGGCCCACCUGCUGCCGCCCUAGUUGCUGUGUGUCCAGCUGCUGCAGACCCAGCUGCUGUGUAUCCAGCUGUUGCAGGCCCAGCUGCUGUUGCAGGCCCAGCUGCUGUUGCAGGCCCAGCUGCUGUUGCAGGCCCAGCUGCUGUGUGUCCAGCUGUUGCAGGCCCAGCUGCUGUGUGUCCAGCUGUUGCAGACCCAGCUGCUGCCAGUCUGUGUGCUGCCAGCCCACCUGCUGCCGCAUCUCCAGUUGUUGCCGUCCCAGCUGCUGUAUGUCCAGCUGCUGCAGGCCCAGCUGCUGCAUCUCCAGCUGCUGCCGCCCCUCCUAUUGCCAGACCACCUGCUGCCGCCCAGCAUGCUCUAGUGCUUCUUGUUGCUGA